CAUCCACCCGAAUCCGAAUGAAAGACCGUGUCUCUGCUCGUUUUGCGUCUCUGAUCAGCUAGUCUCACCCGCUCUCUUGCCGGUCGGCGAUCUACUCAAACAUUUGAUUCCGAAGAAUGGGCGACCCUCUCUUUGAACUCGAACAAGUUCUCCGAUCCAAACAGGAGACCUUGACGAGCCAAGAAGCAAAUGUUCUUAUGACAUGCAGAGCUAGGGUUGUGAAGGAUUUCAUUAUUGGCGCCGCCGCUAGUGGCGGUCUCGCUUGGCUAGUUAAUCCAAAGCUAAGAAAUUUGACUCGCAUCCAAAUUUCAGCAGGAGCUGCUGCUCUUUCUGGCACAUGGAGAUCUAUUAGGUCGCUAGAGUCUUGUCUUGAACAUAUACUUUCUUUGGAUGGAAGUAGGAUGCAGAAGGAGUUAGCAAAUAUACUGGUGAAAAGGCAUGGGGAUAACCCAAAGAUUGCACAGUUUCUCUCCAAACGUUUCUACUCAGAGAAGGUUUUUGAUGAUUAUUCUAUAGAUCAGCCAAGGUUAAGGUGGCGAUAUCGAAAUUUCUUUUCUGAUAAUCUUAGUCCUCAGAGGACACAUGGAGAGAACACUGAUGAGCCGAAGCUUGCUUCUAAGAACAACCCUCCCAUGGAAGCACUCACAGACCCUCUUAAUUGUGUCUUUGGACUCCCAGGAAACAGUGAGGAGAUUCAUCCUACCGACAAUACCUCCACCACAUCCCUCGGAAGGAAAGGCCGCAGCCACCGGAGGUCUCGUCGCCGGCAUCGAACACGCCACCAUGUUCAUGAGGCUUCUUGAAUUUUUCAAUUCGCUUCAUUUCUUAAAUUGGCUGAUGCGGUGUUGUCAGGAUAUCUUAGUUUGGAAUGCUUUUAUUUUAUUCUGGGAACUUUGGUUUACAGCUCUGCAUAUUGCCUGGAAUUGCCAUGCUUCACUAAGGACGCUCACUUUAGUUUGCAUGCAUAAUUAGGCAGAGAAGAAACACAUUCAGGCUGGAUAAUUUGCAAUUAUAAGCUUUGAUGAUUGGACUUGCUAUAA